UCCUUCUUCUAUCAAAAUCUCAGCUCCUCUCAACCCAUCUCUGCAGAAACCAUGGACGUUCUCUCAGUCUCGUCCCCUCUCUUCUCCUCAACCCCCAAGCUCUCCCACACCUUCUCCCCAAAACCCAUCUCCCUCUUCCCCUCUUCCUCAUCUUCACGCCUCCCCACCAUCAAAUCCGUCUCUCUCCAAACCCCAAAACCCUCCUUCUCGUUCUCCAAGGCCCACUCAACUAACCCUUCCGUUCUUCUCAGCUCCGCGCCCCAGACGCCGGCGACGGCCAUGAGAGGCGCCGAGGGCGACGCCAUGGGGCUGCUGCUGAGGGAGAGGAUUGUCUUUUUGGGUAGUAGUAUUGAUGACUUUGUGGCUGACUCUAUUAUCAGCCAGCUGCUUCUGUUGGAUGCUCAGGACCCCAAGAAGGAUAUUAAGCUCUUUAUUAACUCCACUGGGGGCUCUCUCAGUGCCACAAUGGCCAUAUAUGAUGUCGUUCAGCUUGUGAGGGCUGAUGUCUCUACAAUUGCGCUCGGCAUUGCAGCAUCUACAGCUUCAAUAAUCCUUGGUGGUGGCACCAAAGGCAAGCGUUUUGCAAUGCCCAAUACACGGGUUAUGAUUCAUCAACCUCUUGGAGGAGCUAGUGGCCAGGCAAUAGAUGUAGAAAUUCAAGCUAGAGAAGUGAUGCACAAUAAAGACAAUGUCACAAGAAUUAUCUCAAAUGUUACUGGUCGUUCAUAUGAGCAAGUUGAAAAAGAUAUUGACAGAGAUCGCUACAUGUCCCCCAUAGAAGCAGUAGAAUAUGGAAUAAUUGACGGAGUUAUUGAUGGAGAUAGCAUUCUUCCUCUGGAGCCAGUCCCAGACAAGGUAAAACCAAGAAUGAGUUAUGAGGAGAUUAGUAAAGAUCCAAUGAAGUUCUUGACACCAGACGUCCCUGAUGACGAGAUAUAUUAGUUUUGGAACAUUUGAGCGAGAGGUACACCAGUCUGACUUCUUUCUGAUUAUGUGUUAAUUGCAUAUAAGUUUGUGCCAAGGCCUGAUAUUUGAAAACCCAACAUUUAUGUAAUUAAACCAUAAAAGCAUUGAUGCUUUUUUAUUCCAAAGUUUCAGUAGUUACUUCAGUUUUUCUCUUUAAUAAAACUCCUACUUUUAAGUUUUUUGCUCUGAACAUGAUGAGUUAAAGAUGGUUUUGAUUUUAUGUUAUUGGCUGGGAGCCUGGGACAUGUGUUUGAAGGUUCUGGAUUUGGUUGAGAGUGCCUGGGAAGUCAUGGUCUUUGAAGCAGGGAUUCCUCUUCGAAUUGGUUACAUUAGGUUUUCAAAAGACCAACUGGUGGUGCAUGCGAAAACUCUCAGCAUCAAACCAGAAAUGUCAAGCUAUUCUUCAAUCAGAAAAUCCUUGCUGAGUGAUAUAGAUUGCAGACGUCCAACUGCAUUGGCGUGUUGCUAAGAUAGUUGUUUGCCUACAAGUUGCAAACUCACAAUAAGUGGUUUUGGUAUUUCCAUGAAAAAUGAGAACCGUCUAGUCUUCGAUUAAGUUUUGGUAUUUAUAUAGAUGUAUCCAUCAUAGUUUGCAUUUG